AUGAAGAAUCUCGCGAGAGGCUACUGUUGGUGGCCGAAUAUAACCAAAGACAUAGAAGAGAUUGCAAAAAACUGUGCAGAGUGCAAUAUGUACAAGAAUAAUCCAGCAGAAGUGGAAAAACAUACAUGGAAACAACCAAAAAGUCCUUUCGAAAGAGUACAUGUGGAUUUCGCGGGACCGUUUCUUGGAAAAAUGUUUUUUAUACUUGUCGACGCGUACUCAAAAUGGCCAGAAGUGCACAUUGUGGAAAAUAUCACGACCGAAACUACAAUUAAAAAGUGCAAACAAAUUUUUGCAUACUUCGGAUUACCAAAGUUGAUCAUUACGGACAACGGAAGAACGUUCGUAGCAAAGGAAUUUAAAGAUAUCCUAGCCAAGAAUGGCAUUGUGCACAAAACAACAGCACCAUACAAUCCUUCGACAAAUGGACAAGCAGAAAGAUACGUACAGAUCAUUAAAGGCGCAUUAAAAAAGUUGAGUCCAGAAAGAUCUGAAAUGGAAAGUUCAUUACUCUCCAUACUCACGAGUUACAGAGGUAUACCUCAUACGAUUACGGGAAAAACUCCGUAUGAACUUAUGUUCAACAGAAAAGUACGAACUAAACUAGACCUAUUAAGACCGACUACACCAACAAGACGC